AUGAUCUGCCCAACAUGUAUCGAGACCUUUCAGCAGGCUAUUGACAAAUUCAAGCCGGACGGGCUGGUUCGUCAAACGCCCCAUCAUCGAACCGUUCAGGGCUUCAGUGCUUCGGUGAAGCAGGAUUGCUACUUGUGCACUCUGCUUUGGAACACACUGGAGGUAGUCCCGGACUGGUGGCCGACCUUCAAAAGUUCGUGGGAUAAGUAUCAACCGUCUCCAGAUGACGAUGACUGGGACCUUGUCGUGACAUCUCUCGGUCUAAGGGGACUUGGCUGGAAGGGGCAGCCACAGAGCAAGAGCUACGACAUAAGCAUCGCGUGCCACAUGCCAACCCAGAGCCGGGCCACCUACACUGUCACGAUGAUGACCUUCUGUCGACACUUGAGCCCAGCACAGCCUCUCCCCCUCUCCUUGCUUCUCGCCGGGUUAUGGUUGAAGAACUGUGCCGGAAGUCAUGAAAGAUGUAAUUCGCGCCAGGAAGACGAUGGCUGGCAUCCGACUCGUCUCCUAAGCAUUGGGCAAAACGAGCGCCUAGAGACAACAAUGCGCCUGAUAAACACAACCCACGAGAAGCCAACUGAACCCUAUGGGACAGUCACUCAUAGAUGGGGUUUUACGGUUGAGGAUAAAGAGCGUGUGAUCCUGACCCAAGCUACCUAUCCAAUGUUGGCCAAGGGAAUCUUGUUGUCAUCGAUGCCGCGCCUAUUCCAGGAUAUCAUCACUUUCGCCUAUCAACUGGGUUUACGAUACAUGUGGAUCGAUGCUUUUUGUAUCUUCCAGGAUAACAACAACAAUGACUGGCAACGAGAAUCUUCCCUGAUGCAGAAGGUCUAUACCAACUCUUACUGCAACAUAUCUGCUGCGGAUGCCAUCAGCUGGUCCGAGUCCCUGGUAAACCCUCGAAACACGGGUCUCAUUGCGUCUCCAGUCAUUGAAUUGAAGCGAAGUCGCGAAGAUGGAACUCCGGUUCCUGCUCCCCAGCAAUAUCUGGUAUUCGAUCCAACCUUCUGGAAGCGGGAGGUGACCGAAGCACUCGUCAACACUAGAGGCUGGGUUCUCCAGGAGCGUGUCCUAUCGCCUCGUAUUCUACACUUCGGCAAGCGACAAUUGAUGUGGGAAUGCUGCGAGCAUAGCGCGGCCGAAACAUUUCCUGACGGGCUCCAUCCUCGGAUAAUCGAAGCCGGACGCACCAUGUAUAAAGAUAACGACCUCUUCUUUGACACCAAAUUCUCAUACGCCGAGCAAAAAGGAGACGAGCUGAACCUGUACCAUCUCUGGGCUCGCUUAGUCGAGUCCUAUACAGCCUGCGAAUUAACCUUCCAAAGCGACAAGCUUGUUGCCUGCUCCGGUCUGGCCAAGAUCAUACAAGCACGCAUCGACGACGAAUACGUUGCCGGCAUGUGGCGCAAGUAUCUCGAACACGAGUUGCUUUGGCAGCCAUGCCUCCCCCACCCUUCCCAACCAAGAUCCGCGCUCCUUCCAACCGACAAGAAGAAAAGCCAUCUCCCAAGCUGGACCUGGGCCUCAAUCGACCGCCCUUGCACACGCGACCCAGUGCGGUACUACGACAACCUCCUCUUCAAAGUUGAGCACGUAGGCCUUACCUACGCAACCGACGAUCCAACCGGCGACAUCCUCCCAGGUGCCCGCCUCCAUCUCCGUGGCAUCCUCAUGCCCACCAAACUCCUCCAAACCACCCACGAACAGCCCGAAACCUACUGGAGGAUUGUCAUCGAAGGCAUCCAACUCGAAGGCGUCACGCGCUACGUCGAACGCUUCAUCCGGGCGCGGGAGCCCUUCAAGGACGGCUUUCCUGUCUCGCUCAACCGUUAUCAGGAAACCUUUGAGGAGGAAAAUGAAAACCAAAGGAUUUUCGCCAUGCCAGCGUGGAAGAACACCUAUGGAAUCGGCACGCAACGAAGUCUCAUGGCGAUUUUGCUGUUUCGCUUGCUGGAUGCGGAAAAGGGGGUGUAUGAACGGCUGGGGAUCUUCAAGCAGUAUGAUAAGAAUUGUGACUUGGUUCUUGCCAUGCGUGCUGAUGUGAAUGGGGAGAAGAAGGAGGAGAGGGAAAGGGUGCCGUGUGUGGAGUUCAGGGAGGGGAUGCAUUCUUUUGUUGUGGUUUGA